AUGGCCACAAUCAAGCCCAUUGAGGGCCGCACAAUUCAUCAAAUCCAGUCCGGCCAAGUCAUUGUUGAUCUCUGCUCCGUCGUCAAGGAGCUCGUAGAGAACAGCGUUGACGCCGGUGCUACAAGCAUAGAUGUCCGCUUCAAGAACCAGGGCCUGGAUUCCAUAGAGGUCCAGGACAAUGGCACGGGCAUCUCAACAGACAACUACGAGUCAAUUGCCUUGAAGCACUACACUUCGAAGCUUGCAACCUACUCCGAUCUGGCCACUCUCCAGACAUUCGGUUUCCGCGGCGAAGCCUUGUCAUCAUUGUGUGCAUUGUCUCAGUUCAGCAUCGUCACCUGCAUGGCGCAGGAUGUCCCGAAAGGCACCAGGCUUGAGUUUGAGCCCUCGGGGAACCUCAAGGAAACGCAUGUGGUCGCCGCCCAGAAGGGAACCAACGUCAUUGUCGGGAGCCUAUUUCACAACCUUCCCGUGCGCCGCCGCGAGCUCCAACGUAAUAUCAAGAGAGAAUGGAAUAAGGUUAUUGCACUGCUGAAUCAGUAUGCCUGUAUCCAGACAGGCGUCAAGUUUUCUGUAUCUCAACAGCCCACCAAAGGAAAACGUAUUAUUCUCUUUUCUACAAAGGGCAACCCCUCUACGCGCGAGAAUCUGGUCAACAUUUUCGGUGCCAAGACGAUGACAGUUUUGGUGAAACUCGAUCUGUCUCUACGAUUCGAGCCUACCGCUGGGCCUAGCUUGAAAUCUGCUGGUCAAGACGAGCAAACUUCUACUGAGGUCCGGGUUCAGGGCUACGUGAGUCGCCCAGCCCACGGAGAGGGUCGUCAGACACCUGAUCGGCAAAUGUUUUUCGUCAACGGCAGACCUUGCGGUCUACCUCAAUUUGCCAAGGUCUUCAAUGAGGUUUACAGAGCUUAUAAUGCCUCCCAGUCACCUUUCAUAUUCGCGGAUAUUCAACUCGACACUCAUCUGUACGAUGUCAAUGUCAGCCCUGAUAAGCGCACCAUCAUGCUGCAUGACCAGAAUCGUAUGUUGGAGACUAUGAAGGAGGCCUUGUCUUCGCUUUUCAGCUCCCAAGACUACUCCAUCCCAGCCGCACAGCAGUCAACACAACGGACACAGACAACGAGUGAGGCACCAAUUCUUGAAAACGACAGUUCCGACGAUGAUGACACGCGCUCGAACCAAGUAGCCGCCGUCCCCAUGAAGCCGACGACUCUAAAUGACGACGGUGAGCUCAGCACCGAGGAUGAUGGCGAAGGAUCCCACUCACUCGCCAAGCCAUCGCGCAAACCCCGUAAAAAGAAGCUAAAAGAGCUAACAACGGCAGAGCUACAGUCUCAAAGCUUGAUCAGCCGUUGGGUUGGACGAAAAGCCGACGAUCGUGAUGUACAACGGCAAAGGGAGACAAGAUCCGAAAAUUCCCUUGCCGAAGACGAUCGCAAAAAAGCUGCGGCUACUUCUCUUGACUCUGGUGCAUCUGAAUCAGAGGAUGAUGUGGCCGCGGAAGAUGCCGAUUAUCAAGCAAGUACAGGCAAAGCUCAGUCAAGUACUUCUUUCAGCCAGCCCCAACAAGUCCUUGACUUCAAUGCUCGGCUUCUACACGCCGAUACAGACUAUGGGGCAGACGCUUUGCGGGGUGGUGUCUUACAAUCUUCUGAUGACGGCAACGAGAGCAGACAAGCCCAGAUUCCUGCCAUGACACCUAUAAGAGCACCAAGAGUUGACCCUUCCACGUCUGUAUCAACUCCACGGCUACCUAAGCGGUCGGCUUUUGAAGUUGCAACUGUCUCUAUUGGAAACAGCACCGUUACCGGCUCGAUGGAACCUACUCCAAAGAGAGCAAGGGUUUCUCAGUCGUCAAUAAGCUCAACCCCGGCGGCCACUUCUUUUGGCUCAAGGCUGACCCAGAUGUUCUCUGCGAGCCAUUCGACGAGGCACGAAAGGAUUGUUGGGGCGAGCACUGAGCCAUCAGACAACCUCGGCACAGCUGCAGAUGCAGACUCAGAUGAUGUUGGGGCAAGCGACAGUAGCUCGUCAUACGAGGUGCCGGCAGAUGAGAUCACCGUCAGUCAUGACGAUGGGUUCGAGUCUGCUUCCGAUCGACCCGAAGGUUCUUCGAGUCCGAUACCUGAACCCGAUGUAGAUUUACCGAGUCGCAACAAGACUCCGGUGCCAGUAGCAACGGUGGCAACAAAUGACGACAAUUCGAAGGAUGAUUUGGUAGCGCAGAACAUCUUCGCAGACAACCGGUCGAGUGCUCUCAAAGGGGGGACCAGGCGAAAAGAUGCCACUGUGCAGCAGAGGCAAAAUGUAAAAGUCAACACAGCCGAUUUGCAAUCUCGCAUUACAUCUUGGCAGGCCGAGCUUGGGCGCGUUACCCAACAGCGAGGUCAACAACCCAAGAGUUCAGGCAUCGAGGCAAUAAAGGCCGAUGAUGCGGAAGAAGUUCUGUCCUUGAUCAUCUCAAAGUCGGAUUUCGCAAAGAUGACCAUUGUUGGACAAUUCAACCUCGGCUUCAUCAUUGCAGUUCGACAUGCGCCAAACGAUCGAGACGGAGACGGGACGGGGGACGACGAGUUAUUCAUCAUCGACCAACAUGCGUCGGACGAGAAAUACAACUUUGAGAGGCUGCAGUCGACAACGGUGGUACAGUCUCAGAGGUUAGUACGCCCGAAACAGCUAGAACUGACUGCCUUGGAGGAAGAAAUCGUCAUGGAAAACGUUGCUGCCUUGGACAUCAACGGCUUCAAGGUCAGCGUAGAUAGCUCAGGCGACCAACCCGUGGGAGCCAGGUGUAAGCUCCUCGCUCUGCCCCUGAGCCGCGAGACAACGUUCACAUUGUCCGACCUCGAGGAACUCAUUUCUUUGCUCAGCGAACACCAUCUUACCGAGAUCAGCUAUGCCCCUCGGCCGUCCAAGGUGCGGUCCAUGUUCGCUAUGAGGGCGUGUCGCAGCAGUGUCAUGAUUGGCAAGGCUUUGGCUCAGCGUCAGAUGGAGAAGCUGGUCCGUCACAUGGGCGAGUUGGAUAAGCCGUGGAAUUGUCCGCAUGGACGGCCGACGAUGAGGCACCUGAGCGGACUAGGUCCCUGGGACGACAGGGGAUGGAAGGAAAAUGAGUCUCGAGUCGACUGGGCCGAGUAUGCUCGACCAUGA